CAAAUUCGCAUGCCUAGAGCUGACCUCUGAAAGUCACAUUCCCCAAGCACUUGUCCCCCACUAUAUAUGUACAAAGCCCCUCUCUUGCUUCUCCAUUGUUCCCUCUCUUGCUUCUUUCUCCAAGAAAGUCCUCGCCUUGUGAUUUCCAUGUCUAUCAGCCCUUCUCUUUCCUGUUAACUAGCCCUUUUCGUAUCUCUCUGUCAAGAGCUUUCUCUGAUGGGUCUGUGAUCAUUUUGAGGCAUCCUUGCAGUUUGCUUUCGUUGGUCUCCAGAAAGAAAGAAAGGAUUAAAAAAAAAAAAAUGUCUGUCAGUUCAAGGUUUAAUGAAGCAGAUGUGCUGUGGGUGCCCCAGAAGUUUCAGGACACAGACACAAGUCCUGAGAGGGCAAGGAAAUGGAUUGAGCCCCAGGCGAAGAUGGAGAGCAAAGUCCCGGUUGUUUACUACCUGUCGAGAAAUGGCCAUCUCGAGCAUCCCCAUUUCAUGGAAGUCCCACUUUCUUCACCUGGUGGUGGGCUCUUUCUCAGAGAUGUGAUCAACAGAUUGAAUUGUCUGCGAGGUCCAGGCGUGGCCAGCAUGUACUCUUGGUCUUCAAAAAGGACCUACAAAAGUGGGUAUGUGUGGCAAGACUUGACAGAGGAUGACCUGAUACACCCCUGCCAUGGCCAUGAAUACAUCCUCAAGGGAUCACUACUGCUCCAAGUACCAUCUCCAAGCUUCCGACCCUCCGCCGCGAUCUCGUUGCCGGCAUCAAAGAACCACCCCUCGGAAACAAACGACCCAGCAGGGGACCUGAAGCUCUCCGACAUGAUCAAGAUCAAGAGCAAGAGCCAAUUGUACUCCACACCACUCUCCCUAGAUGAACUCCACGGAUACAGAGUCUACAAGGCCAAGACCCCAGAAAUGUCUAAUAAAGCGACAAACGCCUCGACGCAGACCGACGACAAGAGAACUAGGCAAGCGAAGAGGGGCGACUGCGACGAGGACUGGAGCAAGGAGGAGACUCGGAUUCUGUCCUCCCCGCCAUCGAAUUCGAGCACCGAGGGGGGAGAGAGCUUGGAUUGUUCAAGCUUGAUAAUAAGAGACCCAAAAUAUAAACCAUCAGAUAUCAGGAAUCUGGCGCUGGAGAACGAAAGGCCCAGCGGGAGGAUGAAGGCAUCAGCAGGAGUCCUGAUGCAGCUGAUCAUGUGCGGCUCAAAGGGUGCUGAUGAUGUCGAGUCAAUGCCCAUGCCCCCAGCUAGAGACUGAAGAGGAUGUUUAGAAAAGCAGUAUAAAGAUCUAGAAUUCGACAAACAUCCACAAAGUGCAGCAGCAUGCAAUUUCAAGAUCUCUCGUCCGUAGUAACGCGAGCAUGCUAACGCGAUACCGCGGAAAGAAUUAUAUACAUCUGUAGAACUUAAGUACAGCCGCCUUGAUGAGUUCUUGCAUUUCCAGCCCUGCUUUCUCAAAGAAUCGCAUCCAUCGAGAACGGCACUGCACUCUACUUUUGAUUGUAAAUCUUCUUCUCGGAAACCAAAAACAAUGCAUCAUAAUCAAUCAUCGGCAUCAA